AUGAUGAUCGAAGAAGAUCAGUAUGUUUAUGUCAAACGUUCUAAAGGGAGUUUCAUCAUUUUGUCAUUGUAUGUUGAUGAUAUAUUGUUGGUCGGAAAUGAUAAGGAUAUGAUAGUCGCCAGCAAAGGGUGGUUGUCCUCCAACUUUGAGAUGAAGGACAUGGGUGAGGCAGACUACAUUCCGGGAGUCAAGAUCUUUAGGGAUCAAUCAAAGAAACUUCUAAGUUUGUCGCAACAAACCUAUAUAAAGAAGGUUCUUGAACGCUUUCAGAUGUAUGAUUGUAAACCCAUUGCUAAAGGCGAGAACUUGUGCCUAGAAAUGUGUCUUAAGACUCAAGAUGAGAUAGAAAAGAUGACCCGUGUUCCUUAUGCUAACGCCAUAGGUAGCUUGAUGUAUGCUAUGAUGUGUGCUCAGCAGGACAUAUGCGAUGCAGUUGGCUUGGUCAGUAGAUUCCAGUCUAACCCCGAACAAACCCAUUGGAAAGCAGUCAAGAGGAUAUUAAGAUACCUCAAAGGAACUGCAAAUUAUGUACUUUGCUAUCAAGGUUCGAAUUUGUGUCUUGUUGGAUAUAGUGACGCCGAUUGGGGUAGUGAUCUAGAUGAGCGAAAAUCGACAUCUGGAUAUGCUUUCUUGGUUAAUAAUGGUGCCAUCACUUGGAAUAGCAAGAAACAAUCCUAUAUCGCAUUAUCGACCAUGAAGGCCAAGUAUGUAGCUUUCACUUUAUCAAUUGGAAUAGGAGUUUUGAUGGUUACAAUAUGCUACUUCAAGAAAAAGUUCUCAUCAAGCAAACUUAUUUGUUUUUGGAAGAAGGAAAGUCAAACCCACAAGAGUGUCGAGGCCUUUUUAAGGAACAAUAAACCUCUUGCCAUUAGAAGAUACAGUUAUUCAUAUAUUAAGAAAAUGACCAACUUCUUUAGAAAUAUAUUAGGCGAAGGGGACUUUGGUGGUGUCUACAAGGGAAAGUUGCAGGAUGGUUCUCUUGUGGCAGUGAAGGUUUUGAAAGAAUCAAAAGGUAAUGGAGAAGAAUUCAUUAACGAGGUUGCAAGCAUUGGUAGGACCUCUCAUGUCAACAUUGUCACUCUUAUGGGCUUUUGCUUUGAGGGUACUAAAAGAACUCUUAUCUAUGAGUUUAUGCCUGACGGAUCUCUCGAGAAGUUCAUAUACAAAGAAAAUCGCUCCAAGGCUAAUUGUCACUUGGAAUGGGAGACUAUAUACAAGAUUGCACUUGGCAUUGCUUGUGGACUAGAGUACUUACAUAGAGGUUGCAAUACACGAAUCUUGCAUUUUGACAUAAAACCUCAUAACAUUCUUUUGGAUGAGAAUUUUUGCCCAAAAAUUUCUGAUUUUGGCCUUGCAAAAAUAUGCUCGAGGGAAGAGAGUAUCAUAUCCAUGUUGGGUGAAAGAGGAACUAUAGGAUAUGUAGCUCCAGAACUAGUUUGUAGAAAUAUUGGGGUGGUUUCUCAUAAGUCAGAUGUUUAUAGCUACGGAAUGAUGGUUUCAGAAAUGGUUGGGGGGAGAAAGAAUAUUGAUAUCGGGGUUGAUCGUAGUAGUGAAUUGUUUUUUCCACAUUGGAUUUACAAGCAUCUUGAACUAGAUGAAGAACUAGGAUUGGAGGGCCUUAUGAAUGAAGAUGAUCAAGAAAGAGCAAGGAAGAUGGUAACAGUGAAUUUGCGGUGCAUACAGACAGACCCCUCAAAUCGAUCACCAAUGAGUAAAGUUGUGAAUAUGCUAGAAGGAAGCCUCGAUUCCAUACAAAUCCCACCCAAGUAUAGGUUACUUAUAAAACAUUCAUUUGCUUUUACUUUUAUAUUAAAAAUUUAA